AGCCCUAGGUCUGAACUCUCUCGGACGGGUGACAGGCUGACAGCCGCCGCCCGCCAGCUUUGGAGAGCCACGGUGACAGGCCGCCAGCAGCCAUCGACGGCCCUCCCUCCACCUCGCCGUCGUCCCUCUUCCCCCAUCUCGCCGAGCCAUCGUCCCUCCACAGCAGGACCACCUCACCGAGCCGUCGUCCCUCCACAGCAGGAGUGCAGGACCGCAUCGCCGAGUCGUCGUCUCUCCACACCAGGUUCGCCGUCGCGGCGCGGCUACCUCGCUCCGGCUCCCAGCUCGUCCGGUCCAGCUCACUCGCGGUCGCGACCAUCUCCGUCCACCUCAUCCCUCCGGCAAGCAGUUGCUAAACUCAUCCAGGGUCAGAUCAGCAGCUCUUGCCUUAUCCCGCUGGCUGGCCGCAGCACCGGUGGUGUGGUGGAGGAUGGCAUCGAAAUACGUGGCCAGGGUACCGUCUCCAUGGUGGGCGCCACAACGUCGUUUGGUUGGUUCAUGGGUUUCCGUCUGCUCGGUAAAAUGCGGUGCAUUGGGAGGACGGGAUGUUGUGUGCGCUGCUGUUAGCUUCAGACCAUGCAUCGACAUUCACAAGGGGAAAGUUAAGCAGAUUGUUGGUUCUACUCUUCGGGAUUCAUCCAAUGAUGGCAUGGAACUUGUGACAAACUUUGAAUCAGACAAAUCUCCUGCAGAAUUUGCAAAAUCAUAUAAAGAAGAUGAACUUCUUGGAGGACAUGUUAUAAUGCUUGGCUCAGAUCCUGCAAGCCAGGCUGCUGCACUCGAGGCACUACAUGCAUAUCCUGGUGGCUUGCAAGUUGGAGGUGGAAUAAAUUUGCAGAAUGCAAUGUCUUACCUUAAUGAAGGGGCCAGUCAUGUGAUAGUGACCUCUUAUGUGCUUAGCGAUGGCAAGAUGAACAUUGAAAGGCUGACAAAACUUGUCGAGCUGGUUGGGAAACAGAGGCUUGUGCUGGACCUUAGCUGUCGAAAAAAGGAUGGCAGAUAUACUAUUGUAACUGACAGGUGGCAGAAGUUCAGUGAUGUGUUUGUGGAUGAACCGGCAUUAGAAUAUCUCGCUGCCUUCGCAGAUGAGUUUUUGGUUCAUGGUGUUGAUGUGGAGGGCAAAAGGUUAGGGAUUGAUGAGGAACUUGUGGAACUAUUGGGGCAUCAUUCACCAAUCCCAGUAACUUAUGCUGGGGGUGUGUCAACAAUGGAUGACCUAGAGAGGAUAAAGAAGGCAGGCAAAAGUCGAGUAGAUGUAACUGUUGGGAGUGCUCUAGAUAUAUUUGGAGGAGAUUUACCCUACAAAGAUGUUGUCCUUUGGCACAAGAAGCAAAGUAUGGUUGGCCAAGUGUCAAGGAACAUGUAAAGGAUG